AUGAGUUCGUUGUCUCUGCGGUCGGCCUGGGCGCCGUGUCGAGCGCUACUCAAGGGUCAUCCAGGGAAGUCGUUGUUGAUCGGGAAGCAUUCUGCCCUCCCGUUCAGACAGGUUUCCAAUCAUGCCACCUACCGCCGCGACCACGAGCUCUUGCCUGCUCCACAAUCCCAAACCACUCGGAGAUACGCCACCAGCGCGUCGGAUGCCUCCCCAGUCCCCGUCGUACCCUAUUCCGCCUUGACCGUGGGCGUGCCCCGAGAGUCCUUCCCGGGUGAGCGUCGCGUCGCUCUCACCCCGCAGAAUGUGGCUAUGCUUCUCAAGAAAGGCUUCUCCCGUGUGCUGGUCGAACGUGGCGCCGGGGAGGAAGCCCAGAUGCUGGAUCAGAUCUACGAACAGGCGGGAGCCACCUUGGUCGAUCGGGCCACGGUCUACUCCCAGAGCAACAUUCUCUUGAAAGUCCGCAGCCCGCAGCAGGAGGGGCCCUUCAAUGAAGUGCAGGCCCUCCAGAAAGGAACCACGGUUAUCUCGUUUGUGUAUCCCGCGCAGAACAGACCUCUGGUCGAGCAACUGGCUCAACGCGGUGUGACCACCUUUGCUAUGGAUAUGAUCCCGAGAAUCUCUCGCGCGCAGGUCUUUGAUGCUCUUAGUUCUAUGGCCAACAUUGCUGGAUACAAGGCGGUUUUGGAAGCUUCUAAUCAUUUCGGUCGAUUUCUCACUGGUCAGGUUACUGCAGCGGGUAAGGUUUUGGUCAUUGGAGCCGGCGUCGCUGGCUUGAGUGCCAUUGCAACUGCUCGUCGCAUGGGCGCCAUCGUUCGCGGGUUUGACACCCGCCCCGCUGUCCGAGAACAAGUUCAAUCGCUGGGCGCCGAGUUCGUCGAAGUCGACUUCCAAGAGGACGGCGCAGGCCAGGGUGGCUACGCCAAGGAAAUGUCCAAGGAAUUCAUCGAGGCCGAAAUGAAGCUCUUCAUGGAACAAGCGCGCGAUGUGGACAUCAUCAUCACGACUGCUCUCAUUCCUGGGAGGCCGGCCCCGAAGCUGAUCACCAAAGAGAUGAUUGCCGCCAUGAAACCUGGCUCGGUGGUCGUGGACCUCGCGGCGGAAGCCGGGGGUAACUGCGAAGCAACCGUUCCGGGACAACUCGUCAACCACAAAGAUGUUACCAUCAUUGGAUACACCGACUUCCCAUCCCGGCUACCGACUCAAUCCUCGACCCUCUACUCGAACAACGUCACCAAGUACCUAUUGUCCAUGGCGCCUCAGGAGAAGUCGUAUGGUGUCGACCUAUCUGAUGAAGUCGUCCGUGGCUCAAUUGUCACCUUGGAUGGAGAAAUCGUGCCACCUGCCCCGCGUCCCGCCCCUCCGCCCGCCCCCAAAACAGAACCCGCUGCGCCGACCAAGGCGCAAGCGGAGCUGGCCCUGACCCCCUGGCAGAAGGCCACUCGCGAUGUCACGACCGUCACUGCCGGAAUGGGCUCCGCUCUGGCGUUGGGCAAGGCCACGGGCCCGAUCUUCAUGGGCAACAUGAUGACCUUCGGUCUGGCCGGUCUGGUUGGAUAUCGGGCGGUCUGGGGCGUGGCUCCGGCCCUGCACUCCCCUUUGAUGAGUGUCACCAACGCGAUUUCCGGAAUGGUGGGUAUUGGAGGAUUUUUCAUCAUGGGCGGUGGAUACUUCCCUACGACUGUUCCCGAGUACCUCGGAGCAGCCUCGGUUCUCUUGGCGUGCAUGAACGUGUCAGGCGGGUUUGUGAUCACCAAGCGCAUGCUGGAUAUGUUUAAGCGCCCCACCGACCCACCCGAGUACCCAUGGCUGUACGCCAUCCCGGCCACAUUGUUUGGGGGCGGGUUCAUUGCGGCCGCCAGCACGGGUAUGGCCGGUAUCGUGCAGGCGGGUUAUCUGGUUAGCAGUCUGCUGUGUAUGGCUUCGAUCUCCGGUCUGUCCUCCCAGCAGACGGCCCGACGGGGCAACAUCUUCGGUAUCUUGGGUGUGGCUUCGGGUAUCCUUGCGUCCCUGUAUGCAGCCGGGUUUGAUGCCGAGACUUUGACUCAGUUCGGGGCCAUUGCAGGUGUCGGCACCGUUGUCGGUACUAUCAUUGGUCGCCGGAUCACGCCCACCGGACUUCCCCAGACUGUUGCGGCGCUGCACUCCGUCGUCGGCCUUGCUGCCGUGAUGACCAGUAUUGGAAGCGUGCUCACCGAUAUCAGUGAUAUCUCGACCCUCCACAUGGUGACAGCUUACUUGGGCGUCAUUAUCGGCGGUAUCACGUUCACGGGCUCGAUCGUAGCAUUCAUGAAGCUUGCCGGGCGCAUGGCAUCGCGACCGACUAUCCUUCCCGGUCGCCAUGUGAUCAACUCGACUUUGCUGGGAAGCAAUGUAGCCACCAUGGGAGCUUUCCUCACCAUGGCGCCGGCGAAUCCGGCCAUUGCAGCGACCUGUCUCGGUGCCAGUACCCUCCUCAGUUUCAUCAAGGGAUAUACGACAACUGCCGCUAUAGGCGGGGCGGAUAUGCCUGUCGUGAUCACGGUGCUCAACGCAUACUCCGGUUUUGCCCUGGUGGCCGAAGGUCUCAUGCUUGACAACCCUCUUCUUACGAGCGUCGGAUCCUUGAUCGGCGUCAGCGGUUCCAUCCUGUCCUACAUCAUGUGUGUCGCCAUGAACCGAUCACUCACCAACGUCCUAUUCGGCGGAAUUUCCGCACCGCAACAAGCGCAGAAGCAAAUCGAGGGCAAGAUCACUACGGCUACCGUUGACGACGUGUCCGAAGCGCUGACCAACGCCGAGAACGUUGUCAUUGUGGUCGGAUACGGCAUGGCAGUAGCCAAAGCGCAGUACGCUCUCGCAGAGAUCGUGCACAUGCUGCGUGCCCGCGGCGUCAAAGUUCGCUUUGCGAUCCACCCGGUUGCGGGCCGCAUGCCUGGACAGUGCAACGUGCUGCUCGCGGAGGCAUCGGUGCCUUAUGACAUCGUGCUUGAGAUGGACGAAAUCAACGACGACUUCUCCGACACAGAUGUCACCCUCGUGAUCGGCGCCAACGACACCGUCAAUCCCAUCGCGCUCGAGCCGGACUCAGCUAUCUCUGGAAUGCCUGUCCUGCAAGCGUGGAAGAGCAAGGAAGUUAUCGUGAUGAAGCGGGGAAUGUCAAGUGGAUAUGCCGACGUCCCCAACCCAAUGUUCUUCAUGGACGGAACGAAAAUGCUUUUCGGAGAUGCUAAGACUUCUUGCGAUGCAAUCAAAACCAGCCUGGAAGCACGAAAGUGA